ACAGCGCAUGCGUCCCCUUUGUGUUUGGUGGUGAAAAUUUCCAGUUCUCCACAAACUGUUGGAAAUUCCUUGAGUGUAUCGAUAUUCCUGGAGCAAUAAGUCAGUAAAAGAUAUUCGCAGAAGGUAUGAGUUGUCUAGGCGAUUGCUCCGAAUUGGGGCCACCGCCCGAUAUGAUCCUGUCGAUGCCUCCGCCACCGUUGUCGUCGUUUCUGCUGCCCCGGAAUGCAAUUGCACCGCGUCCGGCCAACAGUUCGCUGUCCUGCAUUGCAGCCUUCAUGUGCGAGCCCUCGCUUAAGGCGAACGAACAGUCCGGAAUGGAGUUUAUUGAGCUAUCAGGAAAUGGAAUGGACGAUACAUGGGUCUUCGUGUUAGUUUCGUCCUGUGUGGGAGUUCUACUUCUGGGAGCUCUGCUGGCGAUGAUUCUGAUCAAAUGCAGAGAUGCAUACAACUACUCAUACCACGAUAGCAAUCUGAAGCAUCCACCACUGUCGGCGUUGAACGAACCCCAGCUUGGCACAGCCAAGUCUGGAUUCAUGCCGGGAACUAUCCUCUACCCCACCAAUCACCAACUGCCCCAGGACAAUCGCACCCUGUGGGCGACUCUGACUCCUCACGGAACAACUCAGCACUUCAUUUCCGACUCGUACUACAACCCGGAAGACCAUUACGAAGUCAUCGACUACGGACGCAAGCAUGAACAGUACAUCCCGUCGAACCAGAACACAAUCGUCAAGAACAAAAAUUCCUUCGAAAACUCCGGCUUUGUCGAUUACGAUUACGAAGACCCGACGCCGUUGAUGGAAUCGUACCAGAAUUUUGACGACAUGGACUCCGGCUACCAAGAGCCCCAGGAGGUGAUUGGAUCGCUCAACCGGACCCGUUCGAUCGUUUCAUCACCGACCAGAAUCGAAAAUCCGAACCUGGCACCGUUGAAUCUCUACCCGACGCAUCGCAGCAACGGGACGCUCAAUAAGAAAAAUACAACGCUCAGCCGACGCAUCAGUGAUAUCAAGAACUAAAUAAGCGCAGAGUGAAUUGCUUUACAAUCUUCAUUUUAUUCAAAGUGAUAACUAACCGAGAUUCCUACGAACAAAAUACCUUUAUUUGAAGGAAAACAUAAAACUAAACAGACACAUUGCAUUUGCAGCAAGUAUUAUUUAUCGCAUACAAACUAAUUUUUUGAUCAGCUUUUGGGACGAAAUGCUGCCGCAAUUUUAUUCGAACUAGCAGAUUGUAUUUUAAGGUAGAAACGUGAGCGACCUUAGUUUCGUAGGAGCCGUACUUUGAUAACAUAACCACAACACAAUAAAUGUCUACACAUUAAUGCAUUUAAGGAACUCGUCACUCGUCCUGCCGUAAGCUUAAACUCAAAUUCACUCAACAAUCGUGGCAGUAAUUAAAAACAUAUACAAUUGCAUGCAGCAGGUGCGAUUGAAAAAUAAAA